AAUAUGUUUGUUCAUUUGAUUUUUUGACGAUUCAAAUUUCCUUUUUGCCAUUUUCUAUUGGAAUAACAUAAUCUUUCAAAAAAAGUUGAGCUGAAAAGUUAAAACAUUUCCCGUGUAAUCAUUGUAUUAUUUAAAAAAAGUUAUUGAAAUCGGGACAAAGCGAGUAUAUAAAUAUCACCUUCCCCCUAUUGAACGCACCAACUCUAAAAGGGCUAUCACACACACACAGAGCCAUUACACCUGUGAAGAUGUUUCUUCCAAUUCUCUUCACCAUUUCCCUCCUCUUCUCCUCCUCCCAUGCUUCAGUGUUGGACUUCUGCGUAGCAGACCCAUCCUUACCCGAUGGACCAGCGGGCUUCUCUUGCAAGAAGCCUGCUAAAGUCACCGUAGACGAUUUCGUUUAUCAUGCCUUGGCCAUUCCAGGGAACACUUCCAAUCUCAUAAAAGCCGCGGUCACCCCAGCAUUUGCACCCCAAUUCCCGGGUGUCAACGGGCUUGGCAUUUCCAUAGCCCGGUUGGACCUAGCCGUGGAUGGAGUGGUGCCAAUCCACACUCACCCAGGGGGCUCGGAAAUCCUUUUUGUGGUGGAAGGAAUAAUCUGCGCUGGAUUCAUUUCUUCCUCUGCCAACACUGUCUAUUUCAAGACUCUGUACAAGGGUGAUGUCAUGGUUUUCCCACAGGGGUUGCUGCAUUUCCAGUUUAAUUCCGGGAAGACUCCGGCACUAGCAACUGCCAGCUUCAACAGCCCGAGCCCGGGACUGCAACUCUUAGAUUUCGCUCUUUUCGCAAACGAUUUGCCUUCUGUAAUUGUGGAGAAGGUCACUUUCCUUGAUGAUGCUCAGGUGAAGAAGCUCAAGGCUGUCCUGGGAGGCACUGGUUAAUUGCUUCUUAGUAUUUGAAGAUUUGUCCCUAAUAAAAAAAUAUGAUGUCUCCUAAUUGGUUUGUUUUGAUUUGAUUAAGAGAGUCUCUAGUCAUGUGUGUGUUUUUCUUUCUGGCUUUGCUUUUGUGUUUUUUCUUUUUUUUUGUUUUGGAUGUGAUUUGAUUAAGCUCAAGGCUUCCCUAUUGAGACUUUUGUAUCUGCAUCGUUUUAAAUAAAAACCGUUAUGUAACACUUUGGACC